UGUCGCUCACUUACCGUUACGCGCACGUCAGUGCCAACUUUCUCGGAGCGCACAGGCGCACUGUCACACAAGGCUGUCUCCAAGUGAGGACAAUUUACGCUGCAGCCACGUCCGAUCAAACAGUUUUAUUUCUAGGCGUAACGUAGAUGUAGAAUAUAGGAUUUUGUGAUAUUUCGCGCACGGGGCCCGAGCUGCUGGGCACUUGUUUACCUUGUCAGUCACCAGGAGUGAAAACCUCCAUCUGUUGGGCUGUUUGGCGGCGGACUUGUGGUCAACAUCAUGUGGGGGAUUCAGAGGACGCGAUACGCAGAUUGCAACGGCUCUGAAGCCAGCGAAGAGACGGAGAUUGUUGUGAACAUUGGCGGGGUGAAACAGGUGCUGUACGCGGACGUGUUGCACCGCUACCCGGACACGCGGCUGGCAGAACUGGUGGACUGUUCACUUAAGUCUGCGGAGGAAAUAGCUUUACUGUGCGACGACUACGACUCUGACACCGGGGAAUUCUAUUUUGACAGAGACCCAGAAGCGUUUAAAUGCAUCAUUGAGUUGUAUUAUUAUGGAGAGAUUCACAUGAAAAGGGGGAUUUGUCCGAUUUGUUUCAUGAAGGAGAUGGAGUUCUGGAAAAUCGACUCUGAUUGCCUGGACGCCUGCUGUAAAUGCCACCUGAAGGAGGUGGAGGACGAACUUGCGGAGAUCGCAGAGAAAGUCAGAACUAUCCUCGUGGACCGCGAAGGCGACCCGUCCGCCGGAGGCUGGCAGCGCCUCCAGAUCGGCAUCUGGAGGCUGAUGGAGAAGCCGGAGUCCUCGCUGCCGGCGCACGUCAUCGCCAUAGUUUCGUUCGUCUUCAUUCUCGUCUCCUCCGUGGUCAUGUGCGUCGGGACCAUCCCCGACAUACAGGUGGAGGACUCCGAGGGAAACCUCACGGAGCACCCGACUCUGGAGAUCAUCGAGACGAUAUGCAUCGGUUGGUUCACUAUUGAAUACCUCCUGCGUCUAAUCUCCUCCCCUAACAAAAUCAAAUUCGUGCUGUCGUUCAUGAACAUAAUCGACUUCCUGGCCAUCAUGCCCUUUUUCGUGGUGCUGAUUCUGACGUCUUUCGGAGCUGGGGUGAUGGAGCUGGCUAACGUGCAGCAGGCGGUGCAGGCUUUACGCAUAAUGCGUAUUGCGCGCAUUUUCAAGCUGGCGCGCCAUUCCUCCGGGCUCCAGACCCUCACGUCUGCCCUGAAGAGCAGCUUCAAGGAGCUGGGUCUGCUCCUCAUGUACAUGGGCGUGGGGGUGUUCCUUUUCUCCGCGCUGGGCUACACCAUGGAGCAGAACCACCCGGACACCUUAUUCACCAGCAUCCCACAGUCGUUCUGGUGGGCGGUGAUCACCAUGACCACCGUUGGCUACGGAGACGUCUACCCCAAGACCACUCUGGGUCGAUGUAACGCGGCCAUCAGCUUCCUGUGCGGCGUCAUCGCCAUAGCGCUGCCCAUUCACCCCAUCAUCAACAAUUUUGUCCUGUUCUACAACAAGCAGCAGGUGCUGGAGACCGCGGCCAAGCACGAGAUCGAGCUGAUGGCGCUGCGCUGCAGCCGCGAGGAGCAGGACGCGGCGCCGGGCGCCCCGAAGCGCGCGUGCGGCGCCGGGGAGCGGGGCAGCUCCACGCGCUCGUGCCACAGUGACACCUACGCGCCUUUACUGAAGGAGCCCGGGGGGGUGGGGGGCGUCCAGACCCCCAGCGUGGACACCAGCUUUGAAAGCACAGCAGAGGCCACGGAGUCUAUCAGCUCAUGAGCACUGGAGACGCCACUCAGCAGCAAAAGCCAGCAUGGAAUUUAUUAUUUACGUUUGGCUCCAAACCCCAAGACUUUCAGACUGUAAAUAGUGUCGUAGAAAUAAUAGGAUCACAGUAACAGUCAGCAACAAGAGCCUUUUUUUUACAUAUUGAGCAAUCACGGCCAUUAAAGGGACAUGUGUGAGUUACGGCUUGAUGAGCUGCGCCUUUGCGCAGUGGCUCCCUGUAGAAUGAGGCUGUGUUUGAACAGCCAGUACACUGGUUCCCCCAUGCAGGCGUCUUAUAUAACACCCCCCCCCCAUCCUCAGUCCCCACUCUCAAACUGUAGACUGCAUUGUAGCUUAUUCGCUGUACAUAAAUAUAUAUAGACGAUUGUUUUUAUAUAAUGAAUUCCUCCAGGAGGUGGAAGAAAUGCAAAUGUUAACCUAUGAUGGCUUCAUGGAGGGUGCACAGAAAAGUGAGGAGAAUUAUAAUAGCUUGGGUUUUACCUAUUUUAAGUCCCAUGUGGACACAACUGGGGCUUUAAAGAGAAACCAAGGGAAGAUAAUUCAAUCUGUGGAGAGCAUAAGAGCAACAUAUCAUCCACUCUCUGUGGUCUUCGGGGCAUCUGUGUAGUCUGUAACUGACGCUCAACAAUUGUGAGGUAAUAUGUCCAAUAUAAAACCCCUUCAUGCAGGAAUGUUAAAAGCAGCCACUGUGCCAGCGAGCUGCAGCUUCACAUGCGAUCAUGUUGCUUGGAAAUGUCCCGUCACCGCUCUGACAGCGGAGUAAACCUGACCGCUGGGCUGAGUGAGGGAUAAAGGUGCAAAGAGUUCCAGGUGUCAUUAAUGUGAAAAAAAACAGGGGUGAAGAAGGAAUACAGAAAUUAUUUUCAAAUUGGUAAAAAAAGAACAAAUUAUCCAAACCAUCAUUUUCUACAUGCGACAUACAGCUGAAGGUGCAAGACUAUUAAGUGGGCUGUGUGCGCCUUUCAAACGUGUCCUAAUGCAUUAGUGCUGUUAUUCUGAUGAAACGUGAAGGGAUGAUGUUUUUCACGCCGUGUCCCAUGUUUUAAAAGCCAACUCUGAAUUGGCCUAAUGGCUGCUAUUUUUGACAGCUACAUUUUCACAGUUUGAAAGGUCUCAACUCCUACACCGUUCGUUUGAGUGACACGAAACUUGCUGCACAAACAAUCCCGAGGAACAACAUUAGCCGGCGCGGCGGGGGAGCUAUAAUUAAAACUUGACGUGUUUAAUUCAAAUGUCAUGUCUCCGAUGUCGCUGGUGUGUGUGGCAGCCCGGAGGGAUGUGAUGGCUGUGUUUUCCGUGUUGCCGUAAUAAAAAAGUUGUGGGAAACUGCAAA